AUCCACCACAGCAUCUAGCAGAAAGCAUCUUCCUGCAUUCUGUUCUCUCGUUCGCCUGCUUGUUUUCCUCUCACUCUCUCUCUCUCGCUCACACACACUCUCUCUCUCUUUCUCUCACGCUCUCUCUCUCUCUCUCCCUCUCUCUCCCUCUCUCUCGCGUCACUGCUCUUCUUGUUAACUGAGUCCCCGUCUGUCUGCCGGAGCACAGACCUCCCAGCUCUCUCUCUCUCUCAGAAGAGCAGCGCCCAGGCUGUGGGAAUCGCGUGCACGCUCACACACACUCGCUCACACGCUCACACACACGCAUACACACACGCACGUGUGGGUCCCGCACGCAGGUACACACACACACACACUCGCUCUCGCGCACACGCGUGUCCAGCCCGCCAGCAGAGACAGCCCGGAGCCGGCAGCCCAGCAUGGACGUCCUGAAGAAAGGCUUUUCCAUGGCCAAGGAAGGGGUGGUGGCGGCAGCGGAGAAGACCAAGGAGGGUCUGGAGGAGGCGGCCGCCAAAACCAAGGAGGGGGUCAUGUACGUGGGUACAAAGACAAAGGAAGGAGUGGUGUCAGGUGUAAAUACAGUGUCCCAGAGAACGACCGACCAGGCUAACAUAGUGGCCGAAGCGGCGGUCUCCAGCGCCAACGACCUGUCCCAGAAAACAGUGGAGGGGGUGGAGAAUGUGGCGCUGUCCACCGGCCUGGUCAACCCGGAUGAACCUGGGACUAAGGGGGAGCUGUCCCACCCUGAGGGGACUGUGGAGCAGGCCGGAGACGCGGGACAGUAGGGGUAUUAGUCCAUUGUCCAGGGACCAGCAGCGACCCCCCAGCCCCCCCCACCCUAUGUUGCUGCAAGAAGGAGUGCCCAUGGCAGCAGCUCAAACCACCCCGACUGCCCCCGCCCAAUCGGAUCACCUGAUCCCCCGUGCCUCUCCCCCCAUAACCAACACAACAUGGAGCCUCAGACGGACCUCCUGGCUGGUGUUGUUUAUGGCUUUAUGGAAACCAAAUUUGUGAAGGACUCUCCCUCCGAUCACAACACGUCCAGCCCCUCCCCCUCAAGAUGUGCUCACGCGUUCAUUCUUCCAAACCCCCUGCCCCUCCCCCAACCGCACCCCCCAUGUGAGCCUCACCGCUGACCCAUUUGCCCCCCCAAACACCCAAAACACAAAGCCCCUCUCCCAAACAGGAGGGUGUUCGUUCGCGGUCCCUGAGCACUGACCACAGCCAUCCGGUCCGUGAGACGUACACACACACACACACACACACACACACACACCAGAUAACCAGUCCGUGUAACUCUUGUCGUCUUAGAAGUGCAGAAGUGUAAGACUUAACCGGUAGUGUGCACGCUAAUGAAUAAUAUGAAUAAUGUAACACCUGUACUAAUGCAGUAACGUUAGUUGUCCCUCAUAUUAGUCUGCUUUACAAGGUUUAUUUAACAAGGCCUGUGUUAUCUAACAGUCUGAUAUCUAACAUCGCCCCUCCCCCCACCCCACCCGCAUAUACAACCCCCCCCCCGCCACCCCACCCGCAUAUACAACCCCCCCUCCCCCCCGCAACCCAAGCAGUGGAUCCGUGGAUCCCCAGGUCAGGGAAGUUAAGGGGUAUAAAACCCCCCUGUUAAUUCACUUGUCCCUGUUUUUCAACGACCCAGACCCCCGAGAGACUGCAAGUCCUCAAACACCGGGGUAGAUAGACCUGGAUCCCACCAGCUGGAGCCCUGCCGCCCAGCCACCAGUGUCCAGAGAAAGGGGACGACCACCCAUUAUAGCCGGGAUCACAACCCACUUACCUUAGUUUUUAUAAGCCAAUGGGAAACGGUUAAUAGAAAAGCAGGCGUAAGAGUCUGACUACGGCCAAUGAUAAUCGAGCCGUCAGAGCAGGUGCGCUCAUCCCAGUGGUGGGUGGGGAUGCACGUUGACGCCAAGGAUUCCCUCACCUCCCGCGUCGUCGAUCAGCCACGCCCCCUCCCUUCCCAUCAUCUCGGCCCCACCUCCAACCUGUCAAUCAGUGCCCAACUUUCGCCCAGCCUUGUUUCCGCUUGAAGCGACUAGAGCAGGUCUUUUGAAGUACAGCAGUGUUAUUUCUUUGAAGCCAAUGGAAACAGAAGACUGCAUGUUGCCUUAUCAGCAAUUGUAUGUUUGUACUCUCACAGACACACAGACACACAGACACAUAGACACAGACAUGCACGCACACGCACACGCACAUGCACACACACACACACACACACACACACACAAAUGCAGGCGCGUGCACACAAACACACUCACCCACACAGGUGCGUGCACACACACAGACGGACAAACACCCGCACACACACGCAAAGAAACUCAGACCUACACUCACAUUCAUAUUAAACAUCCACGCACACACACACACACACUCACACAUAUGUAUUCAUAACAUUUAUAAGUUGGCAUCAAAGCAGACAGCUGAUUUUAUAAACUGUAAAAUUAAAAAUAAAGACAAUUUUGUUGAAAGCCAAA